AUGCCUUCAACCUGUAAAGACCCCCUACACGGCUUUGCUGGAGAAAGAGUGAUCUCCGAGGGAGCCAUUUCCCUCCCAGUAACUGUGGGAGAAGGGCAACAUCAAGUCACCCUUAUGGUAGACUUCCUUGUUGUCAAUGUACCAUCCGUACACAACGACAUCCUGGGCAGACCCUCUCUCAAUGUAAUGAGGGCGGUCGUCUCGACCUAUCACCUAAUGAUGAAGUUCCCAGCCGAGGGUAGAAUAGGCUACCUCAGAGAGAACUCAUCUAUAGAAGACCUGGAGAAAGUGUCCCUUGAUGAAGCAGACCCGAGCAAGACCAUCCAGCUUGGAACGUCACUAAGUUCCGAGCAACGGUCCGAAAUGCUAACUUUCCUAUGGCAACACACGGACGUCUUUGCAUGGUCGCAUGCAGACAUGCCAGGGAACUCUCUUGACAUCUUGGUCCACAGUUUGAACGUGGACCCAGACCAUAAACCGGUAAAGCAAAAGAGAAGACCAUUCGAUGCUGAGCGGUACGAGGCCAUUGCCGACGAGGUCUUCAUCCUGCUCGACGUUGGUUUCAUAGAGGAGGCGUGUUACCCCGACUAG